AACAGCAGCAACAGCAGCAGCCAACAGCGCAGCAGCACACAGCAACAACAGCAGCAACAGCAGCAACAGCGGCAGCAACAGCAGCAACAGCAGCAGCAGCAACAGCAGCAACAGCAGCAACAGCAGCAGCAGCAGCAACAGCAGCAGCAGCAACAGCAGCAGCAGCAACAGCAGCAGCAACAGCAGCAGCAGCAACAGCAGCAGCAGCAGCAGCAACAGCAGCAGCAGCAACAGCAGCAGCAACAGCAGCAACAGCAGCAGCAGCAACAGCAGCAGCAGCAGCAACAGCAGCAGCAGCAACAG